GAAGACACCAAACCCACCACAUCAAGAUAUAUCCUACCUGCAGAGUCCUCCAACCCACCCAAAGUCCUCAUCCUUCCAGAUGUGGCCACUCCCGAGGCAAGAGUCGUCUCACUCACACAUCCUCGCUACUCAAAGCCCUCCCGAUACCUGAUAUGUCCAGAGACGGGCGCCUACGAGUUCACCAGAAUAUCCGCACCCAAGACCACCCCACGGAGUUGGCUGCUAGACAGCACAGAUGCUACCACCACAUCCUCCUCCUCUUCUCCCUCCUUCACAACCCAGGUCACGAAAAAUGCCGACCUAUACCUCGCCACACCCAUCGACCCCCUCUUCCUAACCCUCCCGGCCCUCGCAGCACAAUUCUCCGCCGCGGGCAGGCGCAUGUUCCUCUCCAGCGACGACCACCUCGACACCGUCGGCGAGGCGGCGCCGCACCUUCGAGACACAGUCGUGCGGUGGCCCGCAUGGAGGCGACGACUCGAAAGCCGCAUGGCUGCGUGCUGUGACACGGCUGAGGCGGGCGACGAGACCAUGUUUCGCUUCAGCGAGGACAAGCUGUUUGCCGAGGUGCUGGCCAAGGCGCGGCGGAUGGCUAAGAGCAGAUUGCCAGAGAGUAUGGAGGACAAGUUUGUGGUGAAGGCGCUGGAGGCACCUGUGCUGGGCGUCAAGAGGACGAUGGGGGUUAGCGGUGCUGCUGCUACCACCACCACCACCACCACCACACUGGCAUCAGAAACAUCGACCGCUGCAACCUCAGUGGUGGAGGAAUCUAUUGAGGGGGCACCGCUGGAAGUAAAGGACGUGUCCUCGGCGAUCCAAGCCUCCGAGCAGAUCGUCGGGCUGCAGCGCUUGCGGAUCGCAUUCAACUUCAUCUGCUCGUCAUACGUGCCGCCAGCCAUGGCAUCAGCGCUCAAGAAGAUGCUCGCACAAAACAAAACCCCCGAGGCGGUCGACUUUGGUCCUCUAGACGACUAUGUCGCGCAGCUGACCAGGCUGCGUCAGGAGGCCAUGACGGCCCGGUCGGCCUCGGACUACUCGCGGAAGCGGACGCUGGACGAGGAGGACGAGGACAGGCAGGAGAAGAGGAGGAGGAAGGAGGAGGAGGAGAAGCGGAAGAAGGCAGGGGAGAGCAGGGGCGUGAGGGAGCUGAAGAAGGUGAAUACGGCGGGAAUGCAGAAGUUGAGUGCGUUCUUCAAGCCGAAG